AUGAGGAGUACAUUGGAGGAGGCGAUUGUGGAAACGCGCAGUACGCCUCUCGAAAAUCGGCCGCGACUUCCCCGCUUAGCCCUAAGAGAGCGGAAUCGGGAUGCCGUGAGGGCUCUGAACCCAAUGCUGGUUACCUACUUGGAAGCCAGCCGGGACCUUUGCGAGACGGACUCAUUUGUUUUUGGCGCCGCACUGGCAGUCUGCCGUAUUAUAGGCGCUAAACUUUCCACGGCUGGACGCGCUACUGGACAAAGUAGUGCUAUCCCAGCCUGGAGAAUAAGAAUUGAAGAACGUAUCGCAAGGGCUUGGGCCCUCAUCGGCAGACUGAUAUGCUUCAGGUCAGGCAAUACCAGGCCAAGGAUUGUGUGCACCGUCAGGAUGGCGUUUGCUGGGACAAAUGUUAGUUUGUCCCAGCCGGAUAUAACGCAAAAACUGACGGAGCGCAUAGACGACCUGAAGCAAAGAAUCGCUGCUUAG